CAUUGAAAAAAAAGAAGAGAGGCCAUAAAAAUUGUGUUGUAAAUGUUUGUUUCAUUUUGCGCAUUAAUAAGUACCACAAAUCCACAAUCCUUCAUCUGACGAAAAACUGUGGUGAGAGAAUAAUAUCUGAAGGAUAAAUGGCUGCCAAAUUAAUGCAUGCGGUUCAGUAUUCUGGCUAUGGCGGUGGAGUUGAUGCUUUAAAGCAUGUUGAGGUUGCUGUUCCUGAUCCAAAGGCUGAUGAGGUAUUGAUUAAAAUCGAGGCAGCAACUUUAAAUCCGAUUGAUUGGAAGAUCCAGACGGGCGUACUCCGGCCUUUCUUACCCCGCAAAUUCCCAACUAUACCAGGUUCUGAUGUUGCAGGUGAGGUUGUCCAGGCUGGAUCUUCUGUAAAGAAGUUCAAAACUGGUGACAAGGUCGUGGCCAUACUUAGUCAUGCUAAUGGAGGUGCCCUGGCUGAAUAUGCUGUGGCAAAAGAAAACCUUACAGUUGCGAGACCACCAGAAGUAACAGCACCAGAAGGUGCAGCUCUCCCUGUUGCUGCCCUUACUGCUCACCAAGCUCUUACCCAGUCUGCAAGCAUCAAGCUUGAUGGAAGUGGUGAAACGAAGAACAUAUUGAUCACGGCUGCAUCUGGUGGUGUGGGACACUAUGCUGUCCAGCUGGCGAUGCUCGGAAACACGCAUAUAACAGCGACAUGUGGGGCUCGCAACCUAGAAUUUGUAAAGAGCUUGGGCGCCAACGAGGUUCUUGACUACAAGACUCCGGAGGGGGCUGCCUUGAAAAGCCCCUCGGGAAAGAAAUAUGACUAUGUGAUCCAUUGUGCUAUGGGCACCCCUUGGGCUACCUUUGAACCCAAUUUGAGUGCUGCAGGUAAGGUGAUAGACUUAACUCCCGGCCCAAGUGCAAUAAUGACAUUUGCCAUGAAGAUGCUGACAUUCUCCAAGAAGCAGCUCGUGCCUCUGCUUCUGAUACCAAAAACAGAAAACUUUGAAUAUGUGGUAAAUCUGGUGAAGGAAGGGAAGCUUAAAACAGUCGUAGACUCAAAACAUCCUUUGAGUAAAGCUGAAGAUGCUUGGAGUAAAAUGAUGAGUGGACAUGCGACUGGAAAGAUUAUAAUAGAGCCUUGAAGAAAAAAUAUGUAUGCAGAAAAUAUAUAACUUGCUUGAAGAUUAUAAAUAUAUUGCAGUACAUAAUACUAAUACAUCUUCCUUACCUUUGGUUUUGGAAAUCUUAUUAUGUUUUGUGCC